CUCCUCAGAGAAUCUUCUGAUGGCGUGGACAUUGUUCUGGAUUGUCUGUGUGGUGAUGACACCAAUAAGGGAAUUGCUCUCCUCAAACCUAUGGGAAAAUACAUUCUCUACGGAUCUUCCAACAUCGUGACGGGCGAAACGAAAAGCUUUUUCAGCUUCGCCAAAUCGUUGGAGAAGCCAUGCAGAAGUUGUGUGACCGCAAAAACAUUGGGAAGAUCAUCUUAGACCCUACGGCAGAGCCAAGGCCUAAGACUCCAGAGAAGAAAGCUGCUAAUGCUGAGCCAUCAACAAAUGCCGAGGGAGGAGCGGCAGGUGGCGAAGAGAAGAAAGAGCCCGUUGCUAAUGGAGAGUGAGCAGAACAGUUAUCCCCACCAUAUUUUGAGUGAUCUUCAUCUGUUUGGGAGCCACAUUUGUGCAUGAUUCACCCAGCGAUGUCAUUGUUGCUUCCUUUACUUCAACCUGUAGCCAUGCCAAAAGUUUGUGAAAUGCUUCGCUCUACAGUAACAGUUUAUGCUGAUGACGAUUAGCCUCCUUGGAAACUUUCACUGAAAGAAAA